AUUCUACCAAUGUUCUCUAGAAAGCUGUUGACUACGGAGGUGUAGCCAAACUGUUAUAUAACAACCGAGUUCAGUUUCUUUUUUCUGCUUUUUGCAGCUCCUUGGCAAACAUUCUACCAAUGUUCCUCUAGAAGGCUGUCCGCUAUGGAGGUUUCACUGAAAAUGUUACCUACAGACUUUACCUUCAGAAAUGGCAUGGAGAAGAAAGGAUCUGGUAAAAAUCUCCAAAGAAAAUUUGUGGAAUUUAUAUCUCCUAUAACCGCUGCGAAGGUUAUUUGUUGCCUCAUCAUUAUUGCAGUCCUUGUUGUAAGUGUGAUUGUACUUUCUGUAUUUUUGGGAGUGAGACUAUCAGUGCCAGUAUUAGAAUGCCCUGCCCAGAAAGAUGGAUUGUUUGCUGCCUGCCCAGAAAGAUGGAUUGGAUUGGGAAAAAAGUGUUUUUAUUUUUCUGAAGACAUAAGAAAUUGGACAUACAGCCAGGCUUUCUGUGCCUCUUUAAAAGCUAAUCUUGCUCGGAUUGAAACUCUGGAGGAACUGAAAUUCCUAAAAAGAUACAAAGGCCCUUCUGACCAUUGGAUUGGUCUUAGCAGAGAAUCAUCACAUCACAUUUGGAAAUGGACAGACAACACUGAAUAUAAUGACACGUUUGUCAUCAAAGGAGUUGGGAAAUGUGCCUACUUGAAUGACAAUGGAAUCAGUGGUGCUAGGACCUACACAGAUAAGAAAUGGAUUUGUAGCAAGCCAAGUAAUGUCUACAUGUGCCAUAUUCCUUUAGGUUCUUGAUGGAGAUUAGGUAGGCUUGCUUCCAUAGAUUGGUUAUUGUAAAUAAUUCCUUAAUGAACACAGUGAUCCGUGUAUAUAUAUAUAUAUAUAUAUUUUUUUUUUUUUUUUCCUCCCCCUUCUUCUGCGCUCACAGCAGCUCAUGGCAGCUCUAGUCAGCUGCCGGCCACUCAUGCUGGCUGCUCAUGGCAGCCCACAACAGCCCACCGCAGCGCACAGCAGCCCUCAGCAACUCAUGCUGGCUGCCGGCCACUCACGCUGGCCAUUGGCUGCUCAUGGCACCCCGAGGCAGCACACAGCAGCCCGCCGCAGCCCAGCUCCAGGGAGAGCCAUUUUUCACAGUCUUAGCUAUAGAGGGCACAGCUCACUGGCCCAUGUGGGAUUCAAACUGGCGACCUCGAUGUUAGGAGUACAGCACUCCAACCACCUGAGUCACGGGCAUUGCCCUAUAUAUCUUUUCAAAAUAGUGUUUUGUUUUCUUUGGGUAAAUAUUCUGCUCAUACAACUCAAUUAACAAAAAAAAAA